AUGCCAGGUGUGAUCGACAAGGCCUUCUCUGGUGUUCUUGGUGCUGCUUAUGGCCUUAUGUCCGGCGCAUGCGACUCUUCAUACAAGUGCAACAUCACCGUAGCCGGCACACUCAACAACCUCCUUGUUGACGGCAACAACUACGGUACCAACACCAGCGUAGCAGCGUGGUGCGACGGUGGACGCUGCUAUGGUGCUGCCAGUGCCCCGUUGAGCGCGACGGCUCCUUUCAUCAUCACUUGCGAUCAGCUCAGCGGUACGCAAGUCUGCUCUGCGACCAUCUCUGGCGCGGCAAAUGCUAUCUUCCAGAACGGCGAGUCUGUUGAACUUUGGGGCUGGCUUACACCCGCCGGAUACUGCCAGAAUGGUGUAUGCACCGCAUCCAUCACGGCUGUUGGUGACCCAAUGUACUGA